AGAAGGUUCGGGAACGAAGUCGUACUGUCGACUGCUCAGGAGUAUGAUGACAAUGAGGUGUUCUCCUCAGGAAACUGACAUCUACACUUAUGCUGCCUUCUCACACAGGAACUGGAACGAUUGAAAAAGUCAGCCCUAAAAAUAGUAUACCAUCAUACCGCACCAAUUUUCGUCACUGGAUACGAGGCCUAUAAAGUAUGGGCUUACCACAUCAAAAACUACUUUCUAAAAGGCCAUGUGUGACCGGCCUCAACCAGUUGCCCCUUGGAUACUGCCGUUACAGUCACAAGUCAUCAUGAACACUCCUAACCCAAUUUUGUCUCUAGAUACUUCCAUGAUGUAAGCGAUCGAACGAGUAACAACAACUCUAAUACCUCAAACAUCUCUAAAGAUCGUUCACACUAAUACAAUCUAGUUCUUGUAAGUGUAAUUAUCUCUUCUAUUUCAAUUUUAUUCCAUUAAUAGUGUCAUGAAUUGUUAUUUUCUAUCUUAAAUACUACCUAUCAUCUAUAUGAUUGAUAAGAUUUAAGUAUUUCUCCACAAGGUUGUUUGCGUUCUGCACCAAAUAAAGUAAGUUAUAAAAAAAUAACAACUAAGGUUUGUCUUGUAUGCAUCGAUUUUUCACAAUGUUUCUAAUCAUUUGAAUUGUAAUGCAUGUAUUUCGCUUACAUUGCUAAUGUGUUACACAAGUAAUAAAUAUUUUUUUUUAAAAAAAGAGACUAUUUUAAACAAUUUUCCAGUAAAUUCUAUGUUAAUCAUUCCUUUAAUCUUAAUGAUAUGGUCCAGUGAUCGACUAUGUUAAUAUAUGGGAUUCUUUUCAAACACACAAACAACCUGUCAUAUAAAAGAAAUACAAAGUAAGUAAUAUUGAAGUAAAACACAGGAUUUUUGGUAUGAAUUGCAAAUCGAUUAGUGGUGAUGUCGAACAUGAAUUUUUGUCAACUGAAAUGAUUAAAACAUAUGCCUGAACAUCGACUAACACAACGCGCAAUGCUGACUAGUAUUGGAGAAACGGUUGGAAGAAAGUUAGUGGCGGCUGAACCGAAACGUCCUUGAAGUCACUAACUUGUGGUCUGAGCCAUGUUGGUAGAUGCAGACUACUUGAUUGAGAUCCGUGUGAAUAUCAUAAUCAAUGGUUGGAAACUUUGUGUGACAUGACAUAGGUGUAUACACUCGUUGCCUUCCCUUAAACAUGAGAUUAAAAUAACUUUAUACCUUUCUUUCUACGAACUAAUUCUUUCUCCCUGUAUUAUAUGCUUAUGUGCAAUCUUUAUUUUUAUAUAUUACUACGAUUGAAGUAACUACUUCUAUGAAUUUGAUGUUGAUGUUGUUGUACUAAUGCGGUGUUGUGAUUUCGACCGAUACAUAUAUGUACCUGAUCCUACGUUGUAGCUGACUGACUGUUACACGCAUCUAUCCGACACCUGCAGUGAUGCACAACCAUGAAUGACAUAGGAAUAGAUUAGAAAAUACUAAAAUUAGGUUAUAUUAUUUGGUACAAUCUUCUUGAUCGUGACUCAUACAAUACCUGUAAACAAUGAUUAGAUACAUUCGGUUGCAUGAUCUCCACAAUCAGUCACAAUAGCUCAGUUGUAUUUAUUCUCCAUCUUUCGUUAAAUUACAUUUCAAUUUAGUUUUUCUCCUUUCGUUCCCACUUUUUGUUCUUUGCAUUUCCUUUCUUGGUGUACUAAUGUAAACUGUAUGUAUAUUUCAAUCUUGAGUAAUACUUCAAUUUCUCACUGAAUCCACUUUAUAUAUUGACACUUGUUUGUGUUGUAUUUAAGUAAUUAAGUACUCAAAUUAGUAGUGAUAAUCAACUUAGGUGACAUAAGGAUGUGUUACGUAUAUAUUUAUAGUUAAUUUUGACUUACUUCAAGGUAUGCUAUCCUAACUAACAUGGUAGUAAAUUGGGAUAUUGUUUAAGAGCUGCUAAUCUAAUAUAGAUAUUUUAUUGUAAACUGUGUCACUUCAAACGAAGUUGACCGGGGUCUACCAGUUAAUCGCUGUAUAUAUAUAUUAUACGUUUAGUGCGAUAACAUGCUAGAAUGUGUCCAUUGUUUACUCCUAUAAUCCCUUAUAUCAUGAUGUGUUCCACUAACGAAGAAUUAUCAGUAUCCAACUUAUAAUUUAAUAGAAAAUGACAGCUUAUAACAUAAUUUUCAGAGUUAACGUUCACAUUAAUACUUAAAUCCUACAUUAUCCACUUUAAACAGUAGAACAUUUUACAAGUCAAUCUAUUGACAUAUGGGUUGAUUAAUAAACAGAUGUUUUAGCGUUGACCGUAUUUAGAAUUUAGCUUUAAUUUGUAUAAUAAUCGGUAAUUAAUACUGAAUAUUAUACCAGUUAAAUAGAUGGGUAGUGGAUGAAAGUAUGAUGUUUAAAAUAAUUGCAUUGAAUUCAAGUAUGAGUGUUCUAGAUAAGAUAGAAAGCGUAUACUGAAUUCUCUGACUAAGAAAUGCGUUCUCAAUAUAAUCGCCUUGUGAUAAUGAUACAUCUGUUUGUCGGUAUCAAAGAUUCAUUCUGAAUAUGAAGAACAGAAAAACAUAAAUUUUUAAAAUGAAUAAUUAAAGAAGGUAUUGUGUUUUCUCGUUCCCUUUUUUUAAGAAAGAUAAGCUCCUGUUUUUUCUUGGUUCCUACAAAUUGUAUAUUCUGUUAAAUUAAUUCAACUGUUCAUCGAAGCGUGAAUAGAAUUCUCAGCAUAUAUCGUCGUGGUCAGUGUAUGACAUGGUGUCGUGGUAUGAAAGAAAGCUGCAAAGGACUGGCUUCUGUUGGUCCUUCACGACUCCCUGUCUGAGAUCCGAGAGAUGGUGCAACACAGUGGCUAGAGACGUUAUCAAAUAUGGCUCAGAAUAGAAGCCAGUGGCGAUCCUGCUGUAACCUUUUACUUCAUAAAAAGUGGUAUCUUCCUUAACUGAAAGAAUUCUUCCAGUUGUACCUUACCGUCUCCCCCAUUAUUAUUAUAAUAACUAUUACACUCCCUUACACUAAUCUGGUCAUUAUUGUCCUUCUUCUUUUCUUUUAAGCUCCUUACCUUCCUUUUUUCUCUUCCCAUUCACAUUGUUUUGUAUGGCGCAUAUAUAUUUGGUGCCUCCUUGUACCAAUAUUUAUGUGUUCAAAUAAAAAUAAAUUAACUCAACUUGUAAUAUCUGUUGAAAUUUCUACAAUUUUAUUUCUGGUCUACAAAUGCUCUGAUACGGUUGAGGGUGGGGAGAGUCAGCUUUUCCUCUCAAAAUGCUCUCACAUGGCCACGAGUAUACAGUCACUGACAAGGAAGUUCUACUCACUUCCUUUUCGUGGCAGGGGUGUCGUUUACCAAAUUGAGUGGACGAAAAACGAAUGUCCGGCGCUUUAUCCGGGUUGCUGGAAUCAGAGGAUCAACUUAGGGGAGUUGGGAAACCCUGAUUUCAGAUUAAUGGUGCACAUAGACUCCAGUGUCUUGUAGAGCAAAUAGAGUAUGAACCUAUUGCUGGUUACUGGUUACCAUGGGACUAUAUCUAUUUACGUUACUCCACUGCCUUGUGGAUUAGACCUCUAGGUCAAAGGCUGGGGGAUUGGCUCCCUAAGAAAACUACCUGCUUCGGUUUGGGCACCCGGACAGUAUUCCAACCCUUACAUAAACCAGUGAUAACUACUACUGGCUUCAUUGUUAUUGUGUGGCACAUAUGUAUUUGUUGCUUUCUUGUACUAAUGUUCGUGUGUUCAAAUAAAUAACUCUCUAGUUUAAUUCAUCUAUCAAAUAUUUUGUUAUUGCCUAUCAAAAGUCCUCCAAAACCAUUCAGUAUUUUAAGUUCAAAACUUAAGUCAAUGAACUAAGUCCUACAAUAAUCAUAUCAUGUUAAAGAGUGGAUUCGCUAGAAGAAUAAGCCGAUUCUCUAAGGACGACCCACGAGUGAACUCGAGGAAGCUCGGAACGAGCCGAAGAUAUUCCAUCUAAUCAUCUUUGUGAAAAACAUUCCAUAAUCUCUACAUGUUGCUUCCCUAUUGGACAAUUGCUAAAAACCCCUGUAUGCGGAUUGGAUGACAAUAAUGAUGAUUUCGUUUUUACUAUAAAAAAAACUAUAAAUACCUGAUAGUUCUGUACCAUAUUUGAUACUGUUUUGAACAGCAUUCCUUUCACUUCUGUCUUCUCAUUUGUGACUUGGAGGGUUCUAGUGUUUCAGUGCUCAAGUUAUACGCGAUAUAUUAAGAAUCUAUGCUCUAGAUAUAACAGAUUCCAUUUGUGUUAAGGAGUUUUGUAAUAGGAGCUGAAAGAAAUGAUUUUCCGGUUCAACAAUCGCGUUAUAUUUUCUCAGCAUUUUGUAUUAUUCAAACAUAAAUAAAUAGACGCACUGUUUCAAGUGUAAUCGACUUGUAAAUAAUAAAUUGCAUGCUUAUCUAUGAAACUGUAUGUUCACUUUUUGACGCCUUGAAACAAUGCAUGUUUUUUGUUUUUAAAACUACCAUUGAUUCUUAUUCAUCAUUUACUGGAUAGAAUUACCAAUGAGUUAUAGACUCUCCAGUGUCUUUUAAAAAUCAUUUUGUUUAUCAAAUCAUAACUUACCAGAUACAUAUUUGUGUACUUAGCUUUGAAGUGCACUCAGUUUGUUGCAUAAUGGAUGGUUUAAAAUACUUUUCUCUUUCUUUCUCAAAUAUACUACACUAAUACGAUAAAGAAAUUAGUCACGUUGUACCAGAUCCAGAAUAGAGAACCAGAUUAACACUAGAUGAUACUUUAUUCAAUACAAUUGCAAGCAGUCACACUCAGUGAGUUCGGAGUAGAAAUCAAUGAGAGAAAAAGAAAUCACAUAUUUAACAGUUAGUAGGCUGAGGGUCUGUUUCUUCACACAGUAAUUAUUCACAUUUUACUGUCACUACCAUAUAUCAUCUUGAUAGCUAGUGGUGUUAAUUGUAAGUAAGAGGAGUGGGAUUCGGAUCUGGAACCGAAUGGUUGAAAGUCGGACAUAUCCGAUAACAUUUUUGCCAAUAACCUAAGCUUAAAGCACCAAGCUUCAAUGGUUAUCAUUCAUCUUAAUCAUUAUACAUAACUACUCUUUUCAAAAUACUUUCUACAUACAUUACUGUUAUAUGAUAUGAUGUUACCAUGGAAAUCUUGUUUAAUCCACUCUUGUAUAUCACGAAUCAUGAUAUAAUAAGUACAUACAUUUAUCAUUUAUUAAUUUCUCUAGAAGAUCAUCUAAUAUUACUUAACUUCUCAAUGUUAUUUAUCAUAUUCCAAUGUUUUUAGGUGUAAAUCCUAAGAAAUUUGUGUUCAAAUUCUGGCGUUAUGAAAAUGGUAUUAAGUAGUAUAUCAUUCACUUGUGAAGUGGUAACCUAUUGGUUAAAUCAUUCAUUAAAUGUUGAAACAUCACAUUCCACCGAUUUCGGUUUAAGCAACUAAAUAUAACAUUCUCAUAAGCAAUUUAUGAACCCCGAAACUUAACAAAGGAACUUGUACUAAGUAAAUGAUUCACAGUAUAAGUGUUCAAUUACAUGGUGACGCACUAAUUUAUUUUCAACCUUCAGUUAUGUGUUUUUUCUUUAAUUUUCAUACCACUUGAUCAUUAAAAGUAUAUACGUAUAUAUCAUGUUUUAUCAAAAGAGAUAUUUUAUAAAGGGAAUACAAUAGAAUGAAAUAUUAAUCGGUAAAAUUCGAUCAAGAAGAAGAAUUAGAAGUUCAUCUCAUUAUUCAAUACUUAUUAAUCAGUCAAUGAAAACAUCUCAGUUCUACAUUAGUAGGUACUCUCUCACUACGAAGCUGCUUAAUGAGCGUUUGAAUUCCACACAGAGUAUUAAUUUCAUCAAGAUUACAUGUAUCAUUUACUGUUGAAUGAGUGCGACCUAACAUGAAACUUGAGUUAAAUUACCUGACUUUAAAAUUAUUGUUUGUUAAGUAGUUUUCAAUGUUCCGUUUUUCUUUGAUUUUAUAUUUUAAACCAAAAAGUUUGACAAUUCUCAAUAGGUUUCAAGUAAUAUUGUUUUCAUGAUUAAAAUAAUAUUGUGUUGUGAAAACUCUUUAUUCGAAAGACAUUAUUUCUAAAACAAUUGACUUAUUUACUGAGAUGUUUUUAUUCUCUAGGCUGAACGUUCUGCUCUACUACCAUUCUCAUGUGAUGUUGACUGUUCAACACCUUCACCUCCAUUAUCUACCAGAUCUACACACAAUAAUAAUAGUUAUUUAGAGCUGUUCGCAUCUCAACCGACUAAUACUGCUGCUACUCUACAACGAAACUCUUCCUAUUCACCAACCGACAGCAAAAGUCACACUAUCAAAUAUACUGGUAAUUCUACUCAUUCAACAAUUACUCCAAUUAAUGAACAAGAAAACGAUCGACAGUCAUCACAACAUCGAAAACCACAUCGUCAACGUCGACAACACCAUCAUGAGAAUCUUAGUUCAUUCCAUCGGCAUAGUGUAUUACGUCAGUCGCUCGGUGGUAUUAAUGUAUUAACUCAUCAUACAAAUGCAUUACAUCAAGAUUCAUCUGAACCAGACAAUGAAAUAUCGCCUAAAAGUUAUGACAAUAAUGUUGAUGAUAUCAGAAAAUGUACACCCAAACGAGUCGAUAAUAAAUUCAUUGAUUAUUUAUCAUCAUCAGCAUCAUCGAUUCAUACUAAUAGCAGUAGUAAGUCUUUGAAGAAUUCUAAUCACCGUCAUCAUCGUCAUAGUGAUGACGUUGAUGACUAUCAACUAAAAACAUUCCGUUUAUCAAACUUACCACCAUGGGAUCAUUUAAAUUAUGCAUUAAAACCUUUUACAUCGAAUCAUCAUGGUAGCGAAACAAAAUUUAAAGGAUUUCGUUUAGUUCACAAAGCUAUACAAUCGGAAUAUUGUCUAUCUCGUGUACAUAUUAGUAGUUAUAAUAAUUACAAUAGUAUUCCAUUUCAAUUGAAUGAUAUUAUUGUCAGUGUGAAUAAUCAUAAAUUAUCGACAAUGUCCGAAGCAGAAGCAUUACAAUAUGUAUAUAAUGCAUUUAAAGAUGCACAACAUUAUACUAUUGAUGUAGACAUUCUAAGAUCAUCUUUAUCAUCAAGAAAAUCUUUUAAUAAUGAAUCAUCUUCUACAUUACUCAAACAAUCAUUGAUAACUCGUCAAAAAUCCGACUCUGGUUAUUCAAAUUCUAUUGAAGUGAAUAUUGCCUCGAAUCCACAUCGACCAAGAAGACGACGAGAAGGUGAAUGUAAAAAUUAUUCAUCUUGUGAAAUCACUCCGGAACGUUCACCUUACAAAAACGAUAAAAAAGAACAAAAAGAUCGUACUCUAUUGAUCCGUAAUACCAAUAGAACCAAUUUAAGUCGUUUAAGCCUUAUGGAUUAUCCGGAUUCACCGAAUAUAUGCCUUAAAUCACGUCAAAUGUCGGCUGUUGACAGUGUUUCCCGUAAUUCCAGUGACAACAAUCAUGGUGUCGUUGACUAUGAUGAUAGAAUUAAUACAGCAACAUUUGCCUCAUCAUUGUGCAGUAGUAAUCUAGCUGACAGUGGAUUUGUGACAAUACGUCGACCAAAACAACCUUCACGUUUAACAAUAAUCAAUAGUGAUAGUGGUGAUGUUGCAAACAAUCGAUUUUCUUUAACUAGUGCUGGGCUUCUCUCUUCUCUUGAUAACAGUAAUAAUAAAGCAAGAAAUUCACCGAAACAAUUAUCACCAAAGGUCGACACCAUUGAUAAUCGACAUCUUGAUAAUAAUCGUUCAAAUUCUCGCACACUUACACCUCACACCACAGAAGUUACAUCACCAUGUAUUCCAAGGAGAUCAUUAAAUAUGUCAAGCAAAGAUCCAAAUGCAUUCAAUACUCGAACUAUUGGUCAAACAAUGCAUAUUCAGUUGACAAAGAUGUUAACUACCGGUCUUGGUUUUACAUUGACUAGUCGUGAUACACAAACACAAAGUUCACAAAUGUCUGAUCCGGUGUAUGUGAAAAAGAUUUUACCCGAUGGCGCUGCUAUACAAGAUGGACGUUUACUGGCCGGUGAUCGUCUAUUGGCUAUUGACGGUGAAGAAGUUCGUUCAUUAAAUCAAGUUUUAUCACAGUUACGAUCAUUGACACCAGGGAAACAAGUGGAUUUGCUCAUAUCUCGACAAAUGUCUUGUAAUUUAGACUCGAAUACUCGCAAAUCUUCACAAAAACACUUACCUCCACGUCCGUUUAUGACUUGUACCUUUGAGUAUCAACUUCCAUUGGAUACUACUACGAAUCAAUCAGAUACUAUAAAAGGACCUCCAGUAUUAGGAAUCAAUUUCAAAUGGUCCAAUGAUAUUUUAACAUCACCAUUAUUAUCUUCAUCCCCAUCAUCACCACAGACAGUAACUACAAAGUCAAUUACAAGACCAGCUUCUCCAUCUCAGUAUUCUCCUAUACCAGGUUUAUAUGUCGAUAGUCUUCUGCCUGAUACUCUUGUUACUUCAAGCAAUCAUGUAACUGUAAAAACUGGCGAUCGUCUUGUUGCAAUUAAUGACGAAUCUGUAGAUGGAAUGAAUGCUAAAACUAUUGUAAAUAAGUUGAAAAAUGUUAUCAAACAAUGUCAUGAGCGAAAUAUUAGUAGCUCCGAACAAUCGUCAGCCUCAUUCACUCUCACUGUUCAUCGAUAUAAAAAUCAAAAUGAUCGUCGAUCAAGUGUUGGAGAUACAUUGAAACUAACUUCUGCACAUCCACCAAGUUGUAGACAUAUUAAAACAACACGUGAAGCAGUAGAAAAGGGUCAUCCUGGUCGUCAUGAACAUGGUAAAUUGAAUAGCCCAGCUGAUUCACAAGAUACUUGUUCAUUAUCGUUUACAUUAAAUGAUAGUCGUCGACGUUUGUUACAUAAAUCUGAUUCGAUAUCGUCUGAAAUUGGAUCACAUAUAUUGCAUCAUGAUUAUCAUGGGGAUUCUCAUUCACAUUUAUCUAGUCAAAGAUCAGAUAUUCAUGAGGAUAAUCAUCUGUUAUCAACAGAAUCAUUGUUAAAAGUGAACCAUCCCACAUCAAGAAAUUUAUCAGUACCGUCUAACAGAAAUUUUUUACGUGAUGGAUUUGGACGUCGUAGUGUUUCAGAAAAACGUCAUGGUCAUGUGGAUGCUUCACAAUAUUCGUUUUUUCAAACAAAUAUUCUUCCUAAUCGUUAUAAAAUGCCAGAAGAUGUUGAUAAACAAUAUUCCACUAUGCCAACAACACGUCGACUUAAAAUGCAUAAAGCUCGGCUGGCUGCUGCUGCUGCCAAUCCAGAUUCAUAUAGUGGAGGUUUGAUGUUUAACAAUUCAACAUCAUGUACAAGCUCAGGUCCUUUAAAAGCAUUACAUCCAUUGGAUAAUAUACUUCCACAAUCUUUACCAAAUACAUCUUAUCGAGAUCCAGAGGAAAUAGACAUCGAGUCUCAGCUAGAUCAACCACCAAUUCUAAGAAAUCGAAAGCAAAAUACUAGUUUCCGUCAUGCCGUAGAUCGUUCAUUUUACCCUACUUCUACUAACACUACUACUUCAUACCGUAAUUCAUUUGAUACAAAUGCUUCCCCAUCAUCUUCUGCUCCCCCCAUACCACCACAUCGUCCGCGUAGUGAAAGCGGCACUCGUGACAAGUUGUCUAAUAAUUCUCAGCAUAAAGAUUCCAGUAAAACAAAAAACUCCAAUCCCUUACCUGAAAAAUCCACAGAUUCUAUUUUAUUCUCUUCUCCUCCUUCAGUCUACAAAACAAUUGAUAAACUUGAACGUGCUCAUUCGAAAUCUCGUCCAGAAAUUCAUUCAAAUAAUUCUGUCUUUGUCAAAGAUUCAAAGUCAUCGUCACAUUCCAUUUCAAAUAAUAAUCUCCCUACUGAACAAAAGCCCAGUAAAAGUGGUCGAAUAAGUCUGAAAAAUCUCUUCAGAAUUGGUCAUUCUAAAACUGAAUCCGAAUUGAAUGGUGAAUAUUUAUUACAUAAUUCUAAUCAAUCUAAACCACUAUCAGAGACAUCAACUAUUCUAUCUAAAAAACAAUUACGACGCCUUUCAGUUCCAGAAUAUCAAUUUACUAGUAAUCUUUUAACAUCAAUAAAAUUAAUAGAUAAAAUUCAUGAAAAAAACAAUUAUAAUAAUCCUACUUCUAUCACUACUAUUCCAUCUGUUCAGCAAAUCUUUAAUCAUUCAUCUAGUCAGUCAAAAUUAUCUAACACUACUCAUUAUAUGGAUUCUAAUAUAAUUUGUAAUGAUUCUAUGUACAAAACAAUGUCACCGAAUAUAAUGUAUAAUAAUAAUCAUAAUAAUUACAAGACUAUCUCUGUAAAUCAUCCAUACUGUCCUCCACCUGAUACUACUCCACCUCCGCUACCACCUCGUGUCAGUUAUACAACACCACCUAUAUUAACAACGAAAUCGAAUCAUUCCAAAAUGAUUAAAUAUCGUCCAUUGCCAGAAGAGCGAUCUAAUAAUUAUCCUCAAAUGAUUGAUGUGACAAAACAGAAUAGACGCAAAAAAUCAUCAAUGACCACAUCUGUUGUCGCAUCCCAUUCAACUACUCAUCAAUCAAAAUCAUCUCCAAAAAUCACUUCAACAACUUCAUCUUCGGCUUAUUGCUUAGCAUUGAACACUGUUGAUCCAACCGUAUUAUCAUCAAGUAUUAAAAAAUCGAAUUUUGAUCAUGACGACAAUAACGCAUUAGUAACUAACGACAAUUCUCGUAGUCGUCGUCGCCGUCAUCAUCAUCAUUAUGAACAUCAUAAAAAUUCUAACCAACAGGAUGGUAUUCUCUCCGAAAGUUCCACUAAAUCCCAGAUACCUGCUAUUUACAUAAAUUCUAAGCAGAUAAGUAAAGAUUAUAAAAAAUCUACUCCAUCUCCUCAUCGUUCACGUUCAACACAUGCUCGUCUACCAUUGAAUAAAAGUCAACAUAAUAAUCAUGAUAAUAUAACAACAACAACAACAACAAACACAGUAGCAACAAUAAUGUCAACAACGAAUUCACCUGAAUCUAUUCACCAUUAUCAAGCACCAGUAAUUUCUAAUCAUUCAGCUAUGUCAACUCCUCGUCGUCAUCGUCGUUUACAAGAUGGUCGAAAAUCAGAAUAUCAUAUAAAUAAUAGAAAACAACAAAUCACUAUGCAAGAGGCAUCAUUAAUUGUCUCAUUUCCAAUGGAUAAAUUAAUUACUCCAAAACAUUGAUCAAUACAUCAUCAACAUUGAUAUGUUAUCCACAUUAUCCAACAUGAACUUACUUCAUAUUUCUUUUGUGCAACUAUUAUUUCCGGUUUUGUGAAUUGUCAAGAUAUGAUCUAUCUAUUUACUUACUUGAACAAUACCCCUCCCACACACACACAUCUUUUCCUACUAAUUAUUUUGAUACGUUGACUAUUUAUAAUUUUCUUUCAAUAAUACGGUUAGAUUCAGUCUUAAUUGUAAAACAUACAUAUCAGCAACUAAAAUCUCAAGAAUUCAUCAAUUUUUUUUGUGUGUGUAGAAUAUGAUACAAUUUCGUUUCACUAUUUGUUGUUUUGUGUGUGUGUGUGUGCGCUCUUCUUGGUCCUGAUCUGAAAAAAUGUGCCUUAAAGUUUUAUAAUUAAAUUUGUGUUUAUUUCGAUAAGUGUUGUUGUUAUGGUUCCUGUCGUUAUAGCUAGUUAGUAGUGUAUUAUCACAAUCAGCGAUAUCAUUUCGUAUAUAUUCUGUCUUAUUUUUAUAAGCAUACAAUUACAUAUCAUUAUCAACAAGACUAUUUUACUUAUGAUUACCUCUUUAUACUCUGUGGAAAAAUAUGGAAUUUGAAAUUGUCCAUUGUAUUUUCUAGUUCUACUCUCUCUCUCAUCCUGUAUUGGUUGGUUUGUGUUGUGUGUGUGUAUGUGUGUAGUAAAUUUCUGAUCUCAAGUAACAAAAUCAUGCCUUUUAUUCUGUUUUUCUCAAAUGAUAAUAAAAUGUGAAAACAUUUUUGUAUUUUGAAUCAUUGUUCCUUAUACACAGACACACACACACACUCGCUCUCUCCCUCCUCUUCCUUUUAAUAUACAUAUACAUAUCAUCAUGAAUAUGUAAUAAGAAUAAUAGUGUGUACAAAGUGUUUUUGUAUGUGUACUUACUUUUGAUACUUUACAAUUUAUCUGAACUUACUUUCACUAUUUCUAUCAUGUUAAAUUUUUACAACAACAACCAGGGUCAUGUUUGAAGUGAACAUUUCCUUUCAAUUUAAAGUUUCCUAAUAUAUCUUCACAUUCACUAUUAUUGAUCCAUCAUGUAUUAUGAUCAUCUCCUAUUGUUGCCAUGAGUAUUAGAUGAUAGUGUUCAGUAAUAGAUGAUAUAUAUAUAUUCCAUAUCUUUAAUAUUUCACAUUUUUGUUGUUGCCACUUGGUAUCUAUUAUCAAAUGGCUUCUGUAUUGGUCAAACUAUUUGAACUACUUCAUAGCAUUUAUUUCCUUACUUUGAGUAAUUAUUGCAUCGAGUUUCGUUAAUGCUGAAUACAAAUAAAUGAGGCAUCUCUCCUCUGUCUCUCUCUCUAUGUGUGUGCGUAAUGUCUAUUCGUCAAUAUUUCUUAUUAUUGUAUAUUGACAAAUAUCAAUAGUCUAUUCAUAAUUAGUAGUAUAUUGUCGAGUGUUUUAAUUCUAUUGAUUCGAUCAUCAUUAUUUGUAUUGGUUAAAUGGUAUGAAAAAAUAACUUUGUGAAUCUUUCUUUUUGUUUCUCUCUAAAAUGUAAGUAUCCGCCUUGUGAUCGAUCUCCCUGUUUUUUGUUCCAUGAACCAAAUCGAUUCUUUCUUCUCCUAUACAUAUUUAUAUGUAUAUGUACAUUGAUCCAUUUGAAUUGUUCUUUUGCCAGUUGGAUCAUAUUUCUUUACUUUUUCUUCUGAUUACUUUAUUUGAUUUGCUCUUUAAUUGUUGAGUAAUUUUUCUUUUGUGUAUGCGUGUGUAUGUGUGUAAGUAUGUUACCUUGUCAUUUUGCGGUCUUAUUAAUUUGUCUACCAUUCGAAAAAAAAUAAUAAUGAAUAGUAAUUGAAUAAAAAUGCUUUGAGUUCUUUCU